UGCAGUGCAUUACAAAUGUUUUUGUACAACAAAUUUUAAAUCUGAUGAUAGAAUCUAUUAACUAUAUGUUAAAUAUUAUGAGUAAUGAAUAUUACUGUCCACAAAUCAAGCUUCAACUUAUUAUGGAAAGCAAUAAAUUACUUAUCAGCCCUAGUAUUGAAGAAAUAUAUUCAAUAUAUCAUAGUAUAAUUGAUAAAAUUGGCACAAUUGCUCAAAAUUUAAUAUCAUUAGAAGAAUGUUUGAAUAUAAAAACGCAUUUAAAAUAUAUUAAAAUCAAAUUACCAGAUUGGUAUAUCAAGGAAUCCCACAAAAAAUUGCAAAUUAUAUUAAAUAAUUUAUUUGAACCCAUAAACAAGCAUGUGAUGAAUAUGACUGAAGAGUUUUUUCCCAUUUGUGCGCAUGACACAAAGAAAAGAAUAUUAUCAUUAACUUCAGGCAACAUAAAUUUCGAUUUAUAUCUUAAACAGAUAGAAAAAUAUAACACAUAUAUAAGAAAAGCAAAUGCCAUAACAGGAAACACAUAUUAUACAAUAGGGAAAUUGGAACAGAAUAAAGCUAAAGAAACUUUAAAGAAAGAGCUAUAUGAUAUUGUAAAUGCUUUCUUGAUUAAACUUGUUAAUUAUCAUCAAGAAUUCAAUCUGUGUAUCUGUUCAGAAUUUGAAGAUAUAAAAACAAAAGCAUUAAAUAUACCAAAAGAUGCAAAAUCUUUGAUUGAUCUAAGUGAAUAUAUCUUACAUGCAUCAAAAGUAUUAACAGAAAAUCUAAAAUGCAAAAUUCAGAAAUCAAUACACAUGUUAAGUACAUUAUUAGAAAUUGUAAUUUUAUCAGAGAAUCACAUUAUGUUAAAUAAAAAAACAAUUAAUUGGUUACAUGAAAUUGAACCUAUAUUUAAACAAAAUAAUACAUUGUGUGAAGCAAUGAAAAAUGAAUUGGAAGAUAACAUGCAGAAAAGGAUAAAUGACUUGAAUUUUGAAGUAGACAAUAUCGUUCCUCAACUGAGUGUUUUGGACAAUAUGGAUGAUAUUAAUAGAAUUCAAGAAUAUGUUGAAUAUUAUAGAGGACUCCUUAAACAAAUAAAUAAAAUCAAUUGCGAGAUGCAAAGGAUCAAUGAGGAAGAAAAGUUAUUCAAAUUUCCUGAAACUGAGUUUCCUAAAAUAAGUGAAUUACAUGAACUAAUUGUGUCAUUUUAUGAUCUUAUUUAUAUUAUCUAUCAAUGGCAAAAAGACAAUAAUGUAUGGCUGGAUGGCCCCUUUGAAUGGCUAGAUGCCACUAUUAUAGAAAAGAAAACAUUAAAUUAUUUUGAAAAAAUUACUGAAACAAGUAAAAUAUUUAAAACAAAAAUUAAAAUGGAUCUAACUGCAAGUAAAAGUUUCAAAUUUUCUGGUAUUGCAGAUGAUCCAGAUCCAAUGCAACAGCCUGCUCCAUUGAAAUUAUGCUGGCAGGCUCUUAAUAGCAUAAAUGAUUUUAAAAAAUAUUUAUCAUUAAUAGUAUGCAUGUGUAAUCCAGCACUACAAAAACGCCAUUGGAUAGAAAUGUCUAUAAUAUACAUUGUUUUACUCCCUCCCAAUUAUACAAUAUUUUUAAAGACCCUUGAAACAGUAUGCGAAUCUAAAUCUCUGUACAUUCAUGAUGUCUUCAAACUUAAAAUCAUACAAAUAUUUGAAAUAAUGUACAUUCAUCAAGCUCUAAUGAUUGUGGGUGAUCCUCUUGUAGGAAAAACAGAAAUUCUACAUGUUCUCAUAGAUAUAUUGUCGUCCUUACAUAAACAAGAGGUUGAAUUUGGUGUUAAUGUAAAACUGGAGACUGUAAUUCCAGGAGCACCCAAUGUUAACCAACUGUUUGGUCAUUUUGAUGAAAGAUCAAAAAUUUGGAAGGAUGGAAUAUGCUCUAAAAUAUUUCGUUCUUUUUCAGAAAAUGAUUUUUUUGAUAAAAAAUGGAUAGUAUUCGAUGGGCCCUUAAAUGAUGUAUGGAUUGAGAGUUUAUAUACAGCUCUUGAUACAAACAAAGCAUUAUACUUGGCAUCUGGUGAAAAAAUUAAUAUAACAGAUUCAGUGUCUAUUAUCUUUGAAACAAUGAAUAUGAUAGAGAUUUCUCCUGCUAUUUUAUCAAAAUGUGGUAUAAUCUACAUUGAAUCGCAUUCUGUAGAUUGGAGACCAUAUGUUAAAACACAUAUUUAUAAACAUGAUAUCUACAAUGGGUAUGAAGAAACAUUAUACACAUUAUUUGAAUGGGUAACAGAUCCUUCUUUAGAAUUUAUACAAAAGCACUGCACUUCAACUUCAAUUGUUGGACAAUUACAUUGUAUAAUGUCCACAUUAAAUUUACUUGAAUUGUAUUUACAGGAUGCUAAAAUAGAAAAUACAGAAGAGAAGGGGAAAACGAAUCAUUUUGAAAUAUGGAUACAAGCUGCGCUUAUAUUAUCUAUUAUAUGGGGCUUAGGAGGCAAUUUAGACAUGGAUUCUCACAUUAAGUUUAAUUCAUUUUGUACAUCACUUUGGAAUGGUACAAAUGAAGAAUAUCCAAAACCAGAGUUAAUUAAGAAUUUUGAUAUAACAUUACCUCAUGAAGGUUUAAUACAAGAUAAUUUUUACAUUUUCAAAGGUAUUGGAAAUUGGAAGUAUUGGGGUGAUAUAUUAAAAAGUGAAAAGAUAUUAGAAACGCAUAAUUGCAAUGAAGUUUUUAUAUCAACAAUUAAUACUAUGAAAUAUAAUCAUGUGUUCUUAAAACAUAUUAAAUACAAAAAACCUUUCAUUCUUUGUGGAGAUCUAUCUAUUGGUAAAACUUCUUUAAUGAGAAAUUUACUGAAAAAUAAAUUAUUAGAAGAAAAAUAUUUAAUCAACUUUUUUAGUUUCACAUCUUUAGAUACUGUUUUUAAAACGCAACAGUUGUUACUUUCAAAAUUGAAUAAAAUAAAAAAGAGACACUAUGGGCCACCAAAAAAUCAAUUUUGUAUUAGUUUCAUAGAUGAUCUUAAUGUAGAAAUGAACGAAUGUAAAUCAAAAAGUAUUUUAGAGUUUCUUCGGCAAUAUCAUAGUUAUGGCUAUUUUUAUGAUUUUGAUGAACCUGAGAAAAUUUUUAUUCGUGAUAUUAUGUUUUCACUUGCAAUUACAGGAAACACCAGAACUAAAAUAUGUUCCCGAUUUUUAAGAUAUUUUAAUUUAUACACUAUGUAUACACCAUCUACAGAUACUGUAUUCAGAAUAUUUUCAAAUGUACUUUUCAUCAAUUUAAAAAGAAAUCUCUUUGCUGCAGAUGUUCUAAGUAGUGUAACUAGUAUAACUAAUGCCACAAUUGAUAUUUAUAACUCUCUGAAUAAAACAUUACGACCAAUACCAGCCAAAUUCCAAUACCAAUUCAGUAUAAGAGAUAUAAGUAAAGUAAUUAAUGGAUGUAGCCUUCUCCAGAAGGAAUCAAUUGAAACUAAAGUUACUUUUAUUCGUCUUUGGGUACAUGAAAUAUGGCGCGUUUUUGGUGAUAGGAUAUUGGAUAACAGUGAUAAAGACUGGCUCUUUUUGCAGACAAGAGAAAUUGUCAAAUGCCAUUUUAAAGAUUCAUUUGAAACAGCUUUUGAUUAUUUACCUAAAUUUGAAAACAAUCAAAUUACAAAGGAUAGCUUUAACGAUUUAAUGUUCAGCAAUUUUAUGGAUAUAGAACAAGAGAAAAAUAAAAAAUAUGAAGAGAUAAAUUCUAUGGAAAAGUUAAAAACUAAAAUUCAUUUUUAUCUAAAUGAAUACAAUAAUAAUUUUAGAAAUCAAAUUGAUAUAGUUGUAACACAGUAUCUGUUGGAAUGCUUGAUUAAAAUUUCAAGAAUUCUAAGUACACCAGGAGGUAAUUUAGUGAUGAUUUCUAGUAUAGGAUCUGGUAGAAAAUCCAUAACAAGCCUUGCUGUUUAUAUGCAGCGACAAGAACUAUUUGAACCAUCUGUACAUUCCUGUAAUGAUCUCGAUAUAUGGAGAAAGAAUUUAAAAACAGUUCUACAAAAGUGUGGUGGAUUAAGAAAGAAUGUCACAUUUUUUUUAAAAGACAAACAAAUAACAGAUCAUUUUCUUUGUGAUAUUAGUAGCUUAUUAGCUACUGGAGAAAUACCCGACUUAUUUUCUAUUAAUGAAAGGCAUGAUAUUAUUGAAAUGGUACGUUUACAUGCUCAAGGUGGCAAUAGGAACACAGAAGUAAGCAUUCGUUUUGUGAUGAAUUAUUUUUUAGAACAAUGUAAAAACAACCUGCACAUUGUUAUAUGUUUCAAUUCUACAAAUAAAGCAACUAGAUUGUAUUUACAAAAGUAUCCAGAACUAGUGAAAUAUUGUACAAUAAAUUGUUAUGAAACAUGGCCAACAACUGCACUUACACAAAUAAGCACAAAAUACAUUCAAGAUAUUAAAGUUCACGAAAAUAUAAAAACAGAUGUAGUAAAAGCCUGCAUAAAAUUAUAUAACAAUGCACAAGAGAUAAGUACUGAAUAUUGUAAUGGAACUGACAGAACAAAUCAUAUUACAUUAUCUGCAUUUUUACACAUGCUGAAAUUAUAUACUCAUCUUAUGUCAAAAAAACAAAACGAUAUUGUUACAACAAGGAGUAGAUAUUUAGCAGGCCUGGAAAAACUGGAAUUAGCAGCGCAACAAGUUGAAAAAAUGAAGGGUACAUUAACAAUAUUAAAACCACAAUUAGAGUUAUCUGCUCAGCAAACUAUGACAACUAUGAAGGAAGUGGAAAAUGAAAAUGCUACUGUAGAAGGAGCAACUAUUCUUGUACAACAAGAAGAAGAAAUAGCAAAUAAGAAAGCAGAAAUUGCUGGGCAAUUAAAAGUCGAAUGUGAAGCUGAUCUUGCUGUAGCAAUCCCGAUUCUAGAAGAUGCUGUUGCUGCAUUAAAUACAUUAAAACCCACAGAUAUUACCCUUGUAAAAGCUAUGAAAAAUCCACCCGAUACUGUUAAACUGGUAAUGGCUGCAAUUUGUGUUAUGCUGGAUGUACCUCCAGAUAAACCCAUUGAUCCAGUUACUGGUAAAAAAUUUACAGAUUAUUGGGGCCCAAGCAAACGUAUUUUAGGUGACAUGAACUUUCUACAAAAUUUAAAGGACUAUGACAAAGAUAAUAUUUCACUAAAUAUCAUGCAAAUUAUUAAAAAAACAUAUAUGACAGACAAUAAUUUUAAACCACAUGUUGUUGCCAAAGCAUCAAGUGCUGCUGAAGGGCUUUGUAAAUGGGUACGUGCAAUGGUAUCUUAUGAUGAAGUUGCAAAGGCAGUUGCACCUAAAAAGGAAAAAUUAUCGACUGCGCAAACAGAAUGUAAUGAAGCAGAAGCUUUUUUAAAUGAAAAACGUAGAACGCUUUCCGCAUUAAAUGCAAAACUUGCUGCAUUGAAUAACAGCCUUCAAGAAACAUUGAAACAAAAAGUUAAACUUGAAAAGGAAGUAGAAAACUGUACUGAUAAACUUAAUAAAGCAGAGAAUUUAAUUGCAAGCCUAGGAGGGGAAAAAAAUCGCUGGAUGCAAUGUGCGGAGAAUCUUCAAGAAAAUUAUAAUAAUCUUGUGGGAGAUAUGAUAAUAUCAUGUGGAAUAAUAAGUUACAUGGCAUCAUGCAGAACUGUUUUUCGUGAUCAAAUUUUGGAACACUGGAAACAAUUCAUAAGAGAUUUAAAAAUUCCAUUUACUAUAGACUACAAUUUAGUAAAUGUGCUUGGAGAAGAAAAUGAAAUAAAUCAUUGGUAUUUUUGUGGAUUACCUAAACACAGGUUUUCCGUUGAAAAUGCAAUCAUUAUGAAUAAUUCUGAACUCUGGUGCUUAUUUAUUGAUUCUCAUAAUCAAGCAAAUCAAUGGAUUAAAACAAUUGAAAAAAAGAAUGAUUUGAAAGUUAUUAGACUCACUGAUUCCGAUUAUAUGUCAGUUAUUCAAUCUAAUGUUGAAAAUUGUAAUCCAAUAUUAAUUGAAAACGUAGGGGAAAAUCUAGAAAUUUUGUUAGAUCCAUUUCUUCUAAAACGAAUUUACAUAGAUGGAAAAACAUCACAAUUUAACACUGGUUGCAAUGCUAUAAAAUAUUCACAUAAUUUUCGAUUAUAUAUUACAACAAGGCUAUUCAAUCCUCAGUACUCGGCCGAGGUAUUUAGCAAACUUACAAUAAUUGAUUUUUCUAUUCCAAAUGAAGCUCUGCAAGACAAACUUCUAGAUCUUGUCAUUUUUAAAGAAAAACCAGAACUUCAAGAAAAAUUUGAAAUUUUGCUUAUGGAAGAUGCUAAUAACAAGAAAAUAUUAAAACAACAAGAAGAUAAUAUUUUAUAUACUUUAUCUUCAACAACCAUAAACAUUCUUGAAGAUGAGAAUGCUAUAAAAACUUUAGAUUCUUCAAAAAACCUUACCUUAAAUGUGGUUAAAAGACAAGAGAUAUCAAAAGUAAUGUCUUUAGAAAUCAAUAAAUUUCGGAAAAGUUACUUACAGUUUGUUAAAUAUUGUGUAGAUUUGUUUAAUACACUUAAUGCCUUGUCAUACUUAAAUUAUAUGUAUUGUUUUUCAUUUCCAUGGUUUAUGCAACAAUACAUUCGAUCAAUCGAAACUUCAAAUAAAAGUACCAUUCUUGAAAAACGAUUAACGUUUCUAAAGUCUUCAUUUACUCAUAGUCUUCAUACAAGCAUUUGUAAAUCUUUAUCAGAAAAACAUAAGGCGUUGUAUUCUUUCUUAUUGUGUUCUAAAAUGUUAUUGGAUGAUAAACAAACGACAGAAGAAGAAAUUAAAUAUUUUAUGUCCCCGAACAGGAAUCACAUUAAUACUACUUCUGAUAAUAUGCUUAAUUGGCUGCCACAUGAUAUUUGGAUAAAAAUUUGUAAUCUUAGUGAAACAUUAUCUGCUUUUUAUGGUCUUGCAGAUGAUUUUUGUUCUAAUGACAAGGCUUGGAAGCAAUAUUAUGCUUCUGAGUUACUUCAAAGUCACUUAUUACCACAACCUUGGAUAAAUAAAUUAACUGUAUUUCAAAAACUUAUACUUACUAAAACUUUGCGACCUGAUAAAAUUAUACUACAUAUUAUGCACAUGAUAGAAAAUAUGUUGGGAAAUAUUCAAAAUUAUUCCCCGCAACUUAAAGUAUCAAGAUCACACAUGGAAUCCAGUUGUUUAACUCCUCUUUUAUUUAUUUUACCAAGUUGUUCGUCGCCUUUAUCUCUUAUUAAUGCAUACGCAAGAACAAAAGGCUACUUGUCAAAGUUUAUCUCUGUAUCUAUGGGCAAAGGUCAAGAAAAGAAAGCUGAGCUUCUCGUACAAAAAGCUCAGAGAGAGGGAGGUUGGGUUUUUUUGCAAAAUUGUCAUGUAGUACCACAUUGGAUGGAUCAGCUUGAAAAAAUUUGUGAAAAUUGCAAUAUUUCCAAUGUGUCAAUAAAUUUCCGGUUAUGGUUGUCUAGUUAUCCUACUAAAAAAUUUCCUAUUAGUAUAUUACAAAAUAGUAUAAAAAUUGUACACGAUUAUCCAUUGAAUAUCAAAGAAACGUUGCUAAACAUUUAUCAAUCUGAACCUAUAAUAAACAAAGAAUUUUUUGAAGGAUGUCCUGGAAAAGAUAAAAUUUUUUCAAAGCUUCUCUUUGGAUUAUGUUUCUUCCAUUCGAUAAUAAAAGAAAAGAAAUACUUCGGGAUUCAAGGUUGGAAUAUACCAUAUGAUUUUGAUCAUUCUGAUCUUAACCUAUCCAUCAUGCAAAUGCAACAUUUAAUAAACAAUACUGACUAUGUACCUUUUGAUAUUCUUCUGUACUUAAUUGGGGAAUGCAAUUAUGGCGGAAAAAUUAUGGAUGAUUUUGAUAACAGAAGUCUGAAGUAUCUUUUGAACGAUUGUUGCAAUUUAAAUCUAAUUAAAGAUCGGUAUUAUACAUGUUCAAAUGGCAUACAAGAACUGAUACCGCAAAGAUGCGAAUAUCUUCGUGUAAUUGAACACAUUAAAAAAAUGCCUUUGGAUUUGUCAUCAAAAAUUUUCGAGUUCAAUAAGAAUGGCGUUAUUAUUCGUGACACAAUGAUAGCCACAGAAUUUUUAUCAUAUCUCUCAUCCAUGAAUUCUAUUGUUUCAUUACCAAAUGAUCAAUUAUUUCAAGAUCAAGUACUAACUUUAAUUAACGAUAUUAAUGAUAAAUUACACGAUUCAUUUAAUAUUAACGAAUUACAAGAGAAGGGUACCUUUUUCCACGAGGAACCCAUAGAAAGAAUCCUUUUUUGCGAAGUAAAAUUAUUAAAAAAUAUUUUAAAAGUCAUAACUGAAACGUUAAAUAAUGUAAAACUGGCGUUUGAUGGUUAUCUUCCAUUUACUGAUUCGUUAAGCAAGCUAACACAAGAAAUAUGCGAGAAUAAAGUUCCAUGUUCUUGGAAAAAUGUACAAAGCAAUAUUACAAUUGAAAACUUAUCGUGCUACAUCGAUAAUUUGAUAAAACGUGCAAAUUUUAUUAAACAAUGGGCGAAUCAAGGAUGUCCUAGAAUUAUUUGGCUCGAUGCUUUAUUUUUUGCUAAAAUGUUUUUCUCUGCGAUUUUGUUAACAUUUUCCAAAAUACACAAUAUAUCUAUCGAAGACGUCGGAUUUGAAUUUGAAGUUACAACCGAGGAAGAAAUGGAUAGAGAAAAUGACGACGUUUAUUUUAUUCGCGGUUUGCACUUAUCUGGAGCUCGAUGGAACAUUGAAAAAAAUAUAUUGACAGAAAGUUUCGCAAAUGUAUUCUGGCAGGACAUGCCGCCUAUACGUUUCAAAUGCAUACGAAAUAAAAAAGAUAUAAACGAAGUUUAUGAAUGCCCCGUCUACGUUUCCGCCGUUCGACGUACGGAUAAAAAUGUAUUAAUUUCAAACAAUUACGUUAUUAGCAUACCUCUAAAAACUGACAAGCAUCAGACUCAUUGGAUAAAAUGCGGUACAGCCUUAUUUUGUCACGUUUCAUAG